UCCGGUGCAUCCAUUAGCAUCGUUAGCUAGGCUGCGCUUUGUUAGGUGGAAGCCUGUCUGAACAGCAACAAUGAGUUCAGUUCAGCCUCUGAGAGAGUUUAUCAGACAGAGACUAACUGCUGCUGCUGAAGAAAUCUUCUCAGAGGUGGAAAAAACCAUCAUCCAGUACCAGGAGGAGAUCGACCGUUUGCACGAACUCCAGCAGAACCAUGUUGGGAUGGAGGAGAAGCUGCUCAAUGACCAACUGCUGAACAACCAGGAAAGGCACUGCAGAGUGGAUCAGGAGAAACCAGAACCUGUAUGGGUGAAAGAAGAGCAGGACGAGUUUCAAUCUUUGCAAAUUAAACAGGAAUGGGGAGAACCAGAACCUUGUCAAAACAAAGAGGAAGAACUAAAGGCAGAACAAAAUGACAUGUUUAUCAGUCAAGAACAAGAGCAGUUUGUACAGAAGGAAACUGAGAUCUUAAUAGUGAGUCACCCAGAACUACAGAGCAAGCAAGUUCUCUACCUAAACUCUUCAGAAUCAGAGAACCAACAUCAGCAGGGAAGCACUGAAGAAGACGCAGGACCUUGUCAAAACAAAGAGGAAGAACUAAAGGCAGAACAAAAUGACAUGUUUAUCAGUCAAGAACAAGAGCAGUUUGUACAGAAGGAAACUGAGAUCUUAAUAGUGAGUCACCCAGAACUACAGAGCAAGCAAGUUCUCUACCUAAACUCUUCAGAAUCAGAGAACCAACAUCAGCAGGGAAGCACUGAAGAAGACGCAGGAUGGAGUGGGACACAAGGAACAAAUCCAGGCGAAGAGAACAGAGGUGGUCCAGAGGGUGAAGGUCCGAAAAGACCUGAUGCUGAGGAGGAUCUGUUCUGUAAGAUCUGUGGGAAAUUUUUUUCUACAAAGUGCCGCCUGUUGAAGCACCUUCAGACUCAUACCGGGGAGAAGCCAUUUGUGUGUCCUACAUGUGGGAAAGGCUUCAGUGUGCGUCGGAGUCUGGUGAACCACAUGAGAACACACACGAAGCCAUUCGUUUGUAAAACCUGUGGAAAGAAAUUCAGCCUGAGGAGCAGUUUGAGAAUCCACAUGAGCGUGCACACAAGCGAGCGGCCUUUAUCAUGCGGCAACUGUGGAAAAUCCUUUUUUCGCCGGAGCGCUCUGAACGAACACACCACCACCCAUGAGGGCGAGAAACCUUUCUCCUGCAAAAUCUGUGGAAGAGGCUUCCUACGGAAAGGCGAUUUAAACGUGCACAUGAGAGCUCACACCGGGAAGCCUUUCGAGUGUGAGCUCUGUGGUAAGCGCUUGUCUCGGCGUUGCCUCCUGAUCUAUCACAUGAGGACCCACACAGGGGAGAGACCUUUCUCAUGUCUUACUUGCGGAAAGGGCUUCUGCACGAAUGGUGAUUUGACUUCUCACAUAAAGAGGCACACAGGGGGAGGCGUAAGCUAACCCCACCUGCAUCUCUACUUACAGUUUCAAUGUCCAUCUGAUAUUAAAGCAACGCUGCCUAUGCGGGACCAAUUGAAGCAGUUUUUUUCACAGGUUACAUAUCACAUGUACUGCUGUCUGGGCAUAGGGACAGUUUUAGCCAAUAUGACAAAAAAGUGAUUUUUAAAACUUACAGACUUCAGCUUUAAAGACAAUGCUGCAAAUUUGGUUCGUGCCGUGAAGAUAAUGCAGCAGACGCAUGUCUGCUGUGUCCCUGCUGUAUCAUGUCUGCUUGCUCGAGUGAGGCUUCACUUUUCACAAACAAGUUUGCAGUUUUGAGACAGUUUUGUUCACAUCUCAAGUUUAAACUGUCUGAUUUACAAGUUUGCACUUUGUGUUUAAUGUGACAGGAAAAAAAUACCACAAAAUACCACCAAUAAAUGAACCACUUUCAUUAUUGUAAAAACAGAUUGAAUCGAAAUUAAUCGAUUUAGAACUGUAUGAAUCAAAAUUGAAUCGAUUCAGAACUUUGGUGAAAAUACCCAUCCAUACUGCCUACAUUUUAACACAGGAAUUUGUUAAUUUAAGAUUUAUUGGAUGAUUUUCUGAUCAAUAAUCGGCUCUUGGUUGAUGCUCACUGUGGUAUCCUGUUCUAAAAAACUGUCCUUUGUAUUGAGAGGGUCAGAUCUGUCACUGAAUGAGUCCUGUACCAGACAGUCUUUUACAGCAGUCUUAGCUCUCCUUAAAGCUAGUUAAGCUAAAAGUUGUUAUUAGCCAACAAAACAGAUAUGACACUAAUCUGAUCAGACAUAUUUUUUGUUCUGUGGUGUAGGAUUUAAUCUAGAGCCUUUUCUCUACAAGGAACUCCAUGAAUUCUCCAGCUCAGAGGGAACUGCGCUUUCGCUAUUGCAGCUCCAAAGCUCAAGCCUAAAAAAAUGACCUGCCUGAGCACUUCAGACAGGCCUCUAAUCUGACUAAUUUUAAAUCUCUUGUCAAAACAAAGAUUUUCACUUUGGCUUUUGACAACCAGCAAGACAGUGAGCUUUAUUUUAUUUUAUCCUUAUAUUUCUUUCAUCCAUUUUUCUUGAUUUGAUUGUGUGAAUAUUAUUUUUAGCCAUCUUGUAGCUGUUUUGUUUUUAUCUGUACUGUUUUAUAUUUUAUUUUUCCUGUACAGCACUUUGAUGAGCUGUGGUUGUUUUUAAGUGCUUAACACAUAAAAUGUUAUUGAUUGGAUUAAGGGGUGAAGCUCCAAAGGUUUUAAAAAAAGCCAGGAGAAUUGAUUGUUAUGUAGGCCAUAAGGAACAGAGAGAUAGCUCGGAUCAUUAUUGCUGCACCAAAACAUUUUUUAUGAACUGUGGCGAAACAUUUUACGAAUACCCAAAUUAACUAAAAACGUUAAAACCUGUCAAUGAAAAAUAUUCAAUUGUAAAUUUUGGUACUUUUAGUUUUGACCACAAACCUUAAAAACUCUUUACAUUCACUUCCAGCCGCUAUGAACAGCAGCUGGAAAUCCCCUGCAGGAUGGCCGCAGCAGGGAUUUCUAGCGCUGCGGUCAAGCGGUAUGCUGGAAGUCCGGAGCUACGAACAAGAAGUGCAUAUUUUAAAGGGAUCAUAAUCCUGAUGAGCUGACUGCAAGAAUGAUGUUUGGAGGUGGAAUUUCUUGCUUAAAAACGUGUCAAAACUAUUUUUUUUUUCAACUCAUGAAGUAAAUAAAGCCAAGCUGCUCUUUAGCUUUAAGCUACAGACCAGAGCAGAUAAACAAGCAGAACAUAGAAGCGUCAAAGCAACUUAACCGCAGUUUGAUCCAGUGUUUUACCCAGCGUCCAGAUUUCUGCAUUUACGUGUUUUUGACUUUUUUGUGUGAACGCAGCAAUACACAAGCAGGUGUGUUGAACCAAAGGGCGGUUAUACCAAUUGUAAAUGUCCAAAGGGCAACAAAGCGCACUGUUAUCCACAAAAAAAUCUAUUUUAUCGACCUUUUGAAAAUAGACUCCAAUUAUCUUGAAGAAACAUGAAAAAAAAUCAGGUAAUCUGUUUGACAUUUGCUACAGAUUAAGUACUGAUUGUCCCGUAAACACCUUUCCUGUUACCCCACUGUACAAAAAUACGAGCCAAUAAAUCCAUAAAAACCUAAAAAAAAAAAAAAUAAGAACGAAAUAAGAUAAGAUCUCACUAUGUACAAACAACGUUAUUUGCUAUGUACAUUACUGAUCA